AGUGUUUCGAUAGCAAACGAGACUCCUCACAAUGGAUGUAGAUGAUUUUUACUAUAAGGAAGCGGCUAGUAGUAGCAAUGCUAGCGGCAGUGGUCUGCAACAUUUGGGCCAUGGGCUGAAAGAGGAUGGACAAAUUGCAGUUUCAGUAUUCUUAAAGUUAUCCCUUCCCGGUUCUAACAUGUCGGAUAUCACUGGACUGUCCAAAUAUUCUCACCUUGCGCAGGUUGACAUAUCCUUCAAUAACAUAUGUGACCUGUCACCAUUAGGCUGCAUGAAACACCUUCUUUUCCUCGACGCCUCGCACAAUAAGAUCACGAAGGUGCUCGACUUUGCACCUCCGCACAACCUGAUACAGGCUAACUUGUCUUACAACGACAUAGAGGAGAUCUCUGAUCUUUCAGAGCACCCGUGCCUGAGAAAACUGGACCUGAGCAAUAUCCUUUUUUAG